AGUAUAGAUAGCAACAUGCUCAUUAGGUUCUAUUUUAAAUGGUUUUCAGCUGAAUACUACAACCGAAUGGAGCGGCGUACCAAUUCGGUAGAGAAUUCCCAGUCUUAACUUGGAUGCUAACUUGUGUGGACACGGAAUAUCGUUGUGCGUCGCAAUUUCAUAACAUUUCACUCUCUCAAUUAUGUUUAUCUAUCUCCAGUAAUAUUUGGAGUUCAAUAUUUUGGUUGUUGCCGAAAAAUGCCAAACAAAUGGAUUGUAAAAAAUGCCAGUUAAUGUAUUGAAUUCAGUGUAUGUGUGCUUGUGCGUGUGGUUCGAUUAAAGAAACAAAAACUGAACGAAUAAAUGGAUAAACUUUUGAUUUUCACAGUCUGCAAACAAAAGAAAAGCCAUUCAAAGUUAAAUGGAUGCUGUUGUGAAACGUCAACACGCGAAAAGUGUUAUUAAACUGAUUUGGUGAUAUUUUUUUUUUUGCUUCUUUUUUUCGUUUCGUUUCAACAAAAGACCGAGACACACAUACACUAUACACAUACAUGUAUAUACUGUAGAAAACAAUAUUCAAAUGAAUCGUACAAAUGUCGCAAAAGAUGAGCCGCUGUCACAUUCAGUCGUUAAUUAAAUAAAGUAAACAAGUGAAGAAGUGCCGGAGCGAUUGCAGGCAACAAAAUCUACGUUGUGUUGAAAUUACUCUGUGCUGUGUACGUGUAUGUGCUGAUGUAUAUAUUUUGAUACAUGACAAAAUAUAAUCUGGAAAAUUUAUCUACGGCGAGAAAACGAGCGAGCGAAAGGCUUGAGAUAUAAAACAUGAUUCAAACAAUAAUGAUGAUACAGAAUAAUAAAAGCUAAAUUUAAAGCGAACGACAAUAGAUUGUUGACAAUCAGUGAUGUCGAAUUUAAUAAAAUCGUACAAUCCACAAUGCAUAAAAAAAUAAUAUAAAAAAAUAUCAAUCACAGAGCAAACGAAUCGAAGAAAAUAAAACCUCCGGAGACUGGGAUAGUUGGCGUUGCAAGAAAAGACAGCUUAAAUCUUAUUGGGUUGUUGGAACUAAUCUUCAGUCAUGAGAAAUAAUAGUACAUAAAAAAUAAAUAAUUCAUAUGAGCUCACCACGACGUCGGAGCGUUUGAAUUUUGGACUCAAAGAAGAAGAAGAAGAAGAAGUAAAAUUGAAACCAGCACAUUGAAUAUGUUUCAACUUGUUGCACUUGUGAGAGAUUCUAAUGCGAUGUGAUACAAUGAAGACCUAAAUCGAACUGCUUGAAUGUACAAUAAUUCCUUCGUUUAUGUUUAAGCCUAAAAUACGAUCAUGAGCCUGUUUCAAUGUUCCAAGUGCUUAAUGCGUAUCGAUAUUUUCAUAUUAUUCAUACUGACACUGUCAAGUUUAAUAAUUCGACUCAAUGCAUUCAGCAAUGAAACACCACCACAGACUGGGCACAAUGAACAAAUGUCCACACAACCCAAUCACAACAGCAACAGCAACAGCAACGGCAACGGCAACAGCAACAUCAACAAUAAUAACAACUAUAGAUUUAGAAGCAUUAGACAGGUUUUAUACCACACUCCAUACAUUCAUCAAAAUGAGACAUUUCGAUGGCACAAAAUCAAUAGCAGUACAUUCAAGUAUCGUGUUAAGCGAAAAACGAAAUCAAAUGUAGCUAAAACAUCGCAAUCAAGUGGACAGAUAGCAUCAUCGCCAUCAUCAUUAUCAUCAUCAUCAUCAGCAGCAGCAUUGUCGCAAGCAACAAAAGAUGAUCCAAACAAUAGUACAAAUAUAAUAGAUUUUUCACAUAACAAGCAAAUUCAUGAAAUCCUUAGUUUUGUAGAUUUGAAAAUGUUGCUGAACCAAAGGUCGAUAAAUAAUGUCAGUGAUAUUUUAGUAUUAAAUUUAUCGGAGAAUGUCAUCAAGCAAAUAGACGAAAAUGUACUGAAAUCACUUGAAAAUGUGCGACGUAUAGAUCUAUCGCACAAUCAAAUCGACGUACUAAAUGUGAGCGCGCCGAAUAAUAAAAUCGAAUGGUUAAGCGUAUCGGAGAACCAGUUAGUUUCGUUUAAUGGGCAAAAUCUGACAAUUUUAAAGUUUUUGGACUUGUCAUGCAACCAUGUAGAAAACUCAUCACAAAUUCGACUAAACGAAUUAAAUGAACUGGAGUAUGUGAAUCUAUCUGGCAAUCAACUGAAUAUAAUCCGACCGAAUGUGUUUGAGAAAUCGAUAAAACUAAAAGUAGUCAAUUUGUCCUAUAAUCGCUUGAAAAGCAUAAACACCAAUACUUUCUGGGAUUUAGUCAAUAUCGAGGGUCUUGACUUGUCAUUUAAUCAGAUAUCGUACAUAGAAAAUGAUAGUUUUUCGCAUCUAACGAAAUUACAGCAGCUCGAUCUAUCGCAAAAUUACAUUGACGCAACAUCAUUGCGCGCCAUUCAACAAAUACCAAACUUGAUUAAAUUAUCUAUUGCGUUCAACACACAACUCGGUGACGCAUUGCAAGGGUUCAUUUCGUCGUGGAGCCUCAAAGAAAUUGAUAUGAGCGGUACUGGUCUAUGCGAAAUACCAAAUGCGCUAGCACAAUCCGUUCACACGCUCAACAUAUCUAACAAUAAUUUUGCGGUCAUUCGGUGCGGUGAUUUGGAUAGCUAUCCACUGCUUCAGCAUUUAGAUGUUUCUUCGUGUCAAAUUGUCGAUGUUGAGGAUGAUGCACUCGGUCGUUUGGACCUUUUGGCAUCGCUUCAUUUGAAUAACAACAACAUUACGCACGUACCAUCCAGUCUUCCCGUGAACUUGAUGAGAUUAUUUCUGCAAAACAAUCGAAUUGUCGAAAUUCAAGCUUCCGCAUUUUCACAUCUCAUCAAUUUAGAAGUGAUUAAUUUGUCGGGCAAUCAGAUAACGUAUUUACCAAGCUUACGUUUACCACGACUACUGAUACUAGACUUGCGUGCGUCGCGUCUCAAACGAUUAAGUCAAUCGAUUAUCAAAAUGUCACCAAAAUUGAAAGUAGUCUUUCUGGAUGGAAACCCAAUAAAAUGUACCGAAUUACAGAGCAUCGCUGAAUGGGUAACACCCUGUCGCACCGAUGAUACCACUGACUUUGGCUAUGCCGACGAUGAACUUAACGUAUCCCCGAACGAUGAAGAGGAAAAUGUAUUGAACGAACUUAAUGUUUGGCCAAAACAAUGCAGAUGCACAACAUGUCGAUCGUUAGAACGUUCGUUUCAGAUAGAUAAAUCACAAUGCAACAGCAAACAUUUACCAAACAUUGCCAAGCGAAUGCGAAGCAACAAUACAUUACAUGUGCCAUCGAAUACGGAGCAACACACCAUUCCCAAUGUGUCGAGCACACCAGAUACAAAGAAGAAGAAACCACCGCCUGAUGUUGAUUCAAAGAAACGGUUUAUCGCUAAGAAGAUCUCGUCGAAAAACACACAAAUUUACGAGAAUAAUGAUCCGAUACAGCAUGGCAAAUUAUUGGAUGGGAAAAAAUUGGGACGAACGAAUGACACAAGUUUACACAUUGAUCAUGACAUUCAAUCGAUCUUUUUAACUGGAAAUAAUGAUAACAUGUUGAAACACGUUUCACAUUCGAUCGAAUCGCUCAUUAGCACAGCCCAAACAACUACACAAACUGAUUAUCUCGACACAUCAAAAUUAACGACAGAAAGAGAUGUCAAACUUCAGCAAUUUAAUGAAAACAUCUUAACGAAUGGCAAUUCAAAUGCGAACGACAAUACUUUUCUGGAUAAAGUGGUAAAUGUAAAUGUGAUGGCACACAAAAGCAACAAAAUAGCGGAAAAUUCGGGUAACAUGACGGUUGAAGUGUUGCAUCCGAAUCCAAUAAAAUUACGCGAACACAAUCGGAAUGGAACACGCUAUGAAAUGGAAACGACGGAGUCGCCACCGAUGACGACGACGACGACGACGACAACGAUGGCACCCGUUCGGUAUGACAAAUUAGAGAAAUUGGUCGCAACCAAUUCACUGACACCACGAACGGUUGCACAAACACAUAUCACGGAAUUAAUUCCUGAAGCAGCAUCAGUGACAACAGUUGCUCCAUCACGUGAUUCCACAACAGAAAAUUACAUUGAAACAUCGUCGACAUCCAGUGAUGACGGCAACAUUGAGAUAAAUUAUGAGCAAGAACAACUGAAUCGACACCCUAAACACAAUGAUGACCAUAAAGAGAACAAGUCCGAAGUAAAUUGGAAUAUAAAUAAAGCGAUUAGUCGAACAAAUGAUACGGCAAGCUUAGUACAAGAGAAAAAUCUUUUUUCGACAGUCAACGUUCAUGGAGGAAGCCGUUUUACUGCCAACCACACGUUACGAGACAGUGUUCACAUUAAUGAAAUCAAUAAAAACCAACUGACGGAGAGAAAUCAAAUGGGCGAUGGGAUGCGUACAGCAAACGUUACAGUGUCACGUGAAAUUUCGAAGGAAGAAUCACAUGAGCAAAAUUACAGAAGAAUUGCCGAAAAAGUUGUUGCAACGACGACGACUCAGAAAAUCCCACACAGCCAAUCUAGUGUGCGACCAAAUAAAAGGAUAGUUUAUUCAAAUUCUUCUGGCAAAAAUGGCAUGUUAAUUAAUGACAGUCAUAACAAUGACCAUCAACAUAAGAACAGUAACCAUGGUAUUAAUGGAAAUGCACCACCACCAACAUUACCACUACCGCUGGUUCGCAAGAACCAAACAAAGGAAAUUCAAAUGCAAUCGGAAAAUUCCACUUCUAUGCAAAUGCCUGGGGAGAAUGCACACGUUGAACGAGCAAAAAUGUCCACGACCAUUUCAUCGCAACUAUUAAAAGCAAAUCAAGAGCUUGGUAAUGAUACGGGCAAUGUCGCAUCAACAAAUAUCACUGGGCAUGCAUUUAAAAAGGAUAAUUUCAGCUUGAUAAAAGAAACGAGCAAAAUGAUAGGCAAUCCGAAUCCCAGCUCGAACCGUACACACAAUGCCAUUGAUAGCGGAAAUGGUCGGAAUGUUAACACCAAUGCUGAUGGCUAUAGCAAUGAAAGUAAUAAUGAACAAAGGCAACAAAUCAAUAAUACGGUUACAUUUGCAACGGAAAUGAACGGAAAAGAGAAACCAUUAAUUGGCAGUCUAUCGCAAAAUGUAUCUAUUAUUGAUAAUGAGCACCAAUUUGAAAGACACAACAACAUCGACCGUUCAAUGGACGACGAGCAAAAAACGAAUGUCGAAAUUGCGACAACAACGGCAGCAGCAGCAGCAGCAGCCACGGCAGCUAUAACAACACUCCAAUCAGCAAAUGGCAAUGUCCGAGCACACAUUGAAGAUCGAUAUGACAAUAGAGAAGGUAGUAGCAUCGGUAGCAUUAGUGACAAUAGUACAGUAUAUGCCGUAUCGGAACAAUGGCACGAUAAGUGCGCAACAUCUGGUCAUUCAGGUUUAUUUGUUAUUAUUAGCAUUGGAAUCGGUGCGCUUGUAACAUUUUAUUUCGUGUAUGUGUAUCGAUGUAAAAAAGUGUACAAUCGUCAUUGCAUCGAAUCGAUGGAACAGCAUCGGCAAGCUCAAAAUCUCCUUAUUGGAAUACAAAUGGAUACACUAAGCUCCAAAAUACGAUACACAGAUACACCAAUCGAUUUGUGGUGACACAUCAACUAUUAGCAUAUAACAUAGGGUUAAACCAAUCGAAAGCAUUUAAUAAAAACAAAACAAAACGAAACACACAUACAAAGCAGAACGAAAAAACAAAA